CAGUAACACAGCCAGGAAGUGACGGUGACGUCAACAACAACAUUGGCUACAGCAGCAGGAGAGUAUCCACCGCUAUCUGUCGGUAACACACCAGAACCCACCGUUUACAGACAUGUCGUCCGAUUUUGAAGCCUACGAGCAGGAGUUCGGCACCCUCACUGCGGAAAUUACCAACAAAACCGGCAGAAUACCCAAACUCAGCGGCGAGGAGAAGACGCAGCUGGUUCUAAAUGUCGACAAACAGCUUGAAGAAGUCAGAGAGUUGUUGGAGCAGAUGGAUCUGGAGGUGCGCGAGAUUCCUGUCCAGAGCAGAGGAAUGUACAACAGCCGCCUGAAGAGCUACAAGCAGGAGCUGGAGAAGCUGGAGAAAGACUUUAAAAGGUCACGUAUUGCCUACAGUGAUGAGGUGCGGAACGAGCUCCUCGGGGAUGACGGCAGCUCCUCUGAGAAUCAGUUGAUAAAGUUGCGUGAAGAGAGAGCACAUCUGUUGGACAACACAGAGAUGCUGGAAAGGUCAUCUCGGAGACUGGAGGCUGGCUACCAGAUAGCUGUGGAAACUGAGCAAAUAGGACAGGAGAUCCUAUCCAACCUGCACAGCGACCGUGAGAAGAUCCAGAGAUCCAGAGAUCGGCUGAGAGAGACCGAUGCUAACCUGGGCAAGAGCUCGCGGGUCCUGACGGGCAUGCUGAGAAGGUAAGAGGAAGGAUCAUUCAGAAUCGCAUCCUGGUCUUCAUCCUGGGCGCCAUCAUCCUCCUCACCAUCGUCCUGGCCAUCUAUUUCAAUCUGCGAGGGCACUGAUCUCCACUGACUGGUCCUGUGUGUGUGCGUGUGUGUGUGUGUGUGUGUGUGUGAGCGUGUGAUUAAUAGCGACAAAAGCGGGCUGGAGUAAUUAGAACAAAUUGUUCACAUGAAUCAUUCCUGGUGGGCAGUGACAGAUGAUCUCCUCUGCUCUUUCUCUCGCUCUUCCAGAGCAGAGCUACAACUGGCUCUUCUAUCUCUACAUCCUAUUUAUGUUUUACGUUUAUAUUACUAGGACUGUACUCUUCCAUCCUUUUAGCAUGGCAUCUCCAUUUUGACUCCCUAUAGACUGGCCAUGUGUGGACAUCUGGACCUAGGUGGACCAAUAACAGCAGGAGAUUGGAAAUCUUGAUUGGGACGGGUGGGGGAAGGGCUUUCUUUACUACGACCUGCUGUAUUAUUUUAUUAAUAUUAUUUUUUAACUUUUUGUCCCGAUAAUGUUUAAAUUCCAACUAUAUGUAUGUAUGUAUGUAUGUGCACAAGCAUGUGUGUGUGUGUGUGUGUAUUUCUGUAUACAUAUACAUAGUCCCAGCAUAGUGUCCUUACUCUCUCCCGGGUGUGUGGCGUGUGCAGAAAGGGCCUUACAGUCAGGCCCCCAGUGCAGCAGCACUUAGCACACAGUGCAGAAUCACACACUACACACGGCCCAAAGGUCAAUGCCUUUAGCAGCAGACACACACACGCCUCUCUCAGUGGAGCUUCAUCCAGGAUUAGUAGCUUCUCACGCUGUUCUUCUAAGGUCAAUAAAAGGCCUUGCGUGUGUUCUGGCAAACCAGCAGGACCACUCCCGAAUCCUAUGGCCGCUCAUAGCUUUACUAAUGAUGUUUGGCAUAAUCAUUCGUUGGCGCACACACCGAGUACUAAUGAGGACUCUUAUCUGUAUUUAUUUCAUGUUGAUGGUUAUUUGUUAUCUGUAUUGAUGUGUUUUCCCCUCUUUCAGUGGAUUUGAAACUGAUUUUAGUGAAAUGUAAAGGCUAUUGUUUUUCUCUGACAUAAAGAUUCUAAACAUUAAA